AUGGCAUCCAUCAUUGGCCUGAGACAAUGGAAAAAAAAGGAAAGUGUAAAGUACGUGGAUGCAAUACUUACACAUGGAUUAAGUGCUCCAAGUGUCAAGUUAGCCUUUGUUGUGAAAAAAAUCGAAUUUGCUUUAAAAAUUACCAUGUAAAGGUAAUACUAUUUGUCUAAGAAUUGUACAUUAUUUAUGAUAUACAGUAUAUGACUAAUUUUUAUUUUUUAUAAUUUCUAUGUUACAGUGAAAAUGAAAAGGAAAGAACAGUUUUCAUUUAAUUCAGAAUUUCAUUUUAAAAUAAUAAUUAUAAAUUGAGGGGCUAGGUGCAAGAAAGGCAUUUUCACGGAAAUGCCCAUUUUGCUUAAAAUGUUUGUUUGAACUCGGUAACCUCUAUACUAUAUGUGUAUACAAUUUUAGUUUGAAAUUUUAAUAAUAGAGCUCUGUAGAAGCGUUUAUGUCAAUGUGUGUAAAUGCCUCUUUUGCAUAGAACCACAUACACAUGCACGUUAUGUUUAUAAAUAUUAUCGUUUUAUUUUUCAAUGAUUUCAAAAUAAUAUUAUGAUAGAUAAUCUUGUUAUUUUUCGUUGUAGAUUAAUAGGUUUAGUAAAAACCGUUUCUAAAUAAAACUAAGCAUUAAGGAAUUAAGAUAAUAUUUAACAUUUAUUUAUUUAGUUUAUUAUUUAUAUUAUUCACCAAAAGUUAUGAAUAAAUUAAUAAAAUUCAAGUUAUUUAAUCAUUUGAAUUGAAAUAGAAGAGGUAAUUACUGUUUAAUGCAAAAAUGGCAUUUUCAUGACCAAAUAUCCUUUCUGUUUAAAACUUAGCGGACACAAAGAAAAACAAAACAAAAACAUAAUUGUUUUCUUAAGAUUCGAUCUUUCAUAUGACACACAUUUUAUAACCAUGUGAGCAGAUCCAAAAGAGUACUACAUAUUUGAAACUUUAAUUUCGUUUAUCUUAAAAUACAUUUUUCGAGAAAAUGUCCUUCUUGCACCCAGCCCCUCAAUUAUAUCCAUAUAUUUGAUUAAUAAAACACAUUACAUUUUUAUAUAAUAACAUUUUUAUAAUUAUACUUAAAUGCAUAAUGUUGACUGUAGUUAACACUACUCAAGUAGUCAAUUUUGUAAAAGGAAAAUACAAUUUUUUCUUUUUAGUAUUUUUUCUGUACUAACUGUGAAUAAUUUGAAAAUAAAAAAAUGUAUUUCAUAAAAAAAAAAUCAUUCAUUGUAGGGUUAAAAUGUAAUAGUUGUUAAAAGACGAUAUAAAUAUUUAUGUUGUACAUUUAUAUAUUAUAUUAAAGUAAAUGUAGAUAAGUAGGUACCACUCAUGUAGUCGUUAAUUUUUUUUUUUCAUUAUUUCUAGUAUGACUAUGUUGUCUCAUGCGCAUUUUUAUAUACAUAACAAAUAUUUAAUUUUUUGAUGACCACUGGAAAUAAUAAAUACAAGUUUUCUUUUUGAAAAAAUUCUUCAAAUGUGUCGGUAAACGUGUCUGAUUUUUUUGAAUAUUUCAUAAAACACAAUUCUAAUGCUUUUAAAAUUUUAAAUAAAUUGUUUUGGGGAUGAACUAAAAAUUGACAGACUUUGAAUACACAAUUUACAUUUACUUACAUUUACAUUUAAUCGCCAUCCUACAUGCAGCUACCAAUGUGUUUACUUUGUAACAAAGCGUUUUGUAAUGUGGCAAUGAAACCAUCUCGUUUGUAGGAACAUUAUUAAAAAGUUCAUUCUGACAAACACAAUAAAGAUUUAUCGUUUUUCACAAAUAUUAGGGACAAGUUUCUGAAGGCACAAUCGGUCUCGGACUUAUUCGCAGGCCCAUCAAAACAAUUCGAUGAUGGUUUAAUUGCUUUUUACAAUGUAUCGAAAUUGAUCGUGAAAUCAGGAAAAUCUAAUACCAUAGGUGAAGAGUUAAUACUUUCAGCUCUCAAAGAAAUUUUAGAAACGGUUUUUCAUCAUACUGCUUCACACAGUGUAAUCACAAAAGUCCCAUUAAGCAACGGUACUGUAUGA